AAAUUAGGCCUGCUAUGGACAAUUUGGCGAGCGUUUAUAAGAGCAUGAAAGUAGCAGGAGUCAAUAUAUUAUUGUUAUUGAUAGAGAUUCAAGUGCGUGAAGAAACUCAAACUGGUGUUGAUAUACGCCAGGUCCAAGAUAAUGGCGAAACCGAAUUGCAAAACUUGAACUGCACAAAAAGGGUCAAAAAGCACAACUGUGAGUUCCCAGAGAUCUUCUCAGUCAAACCAGGAGAAACCUUCAUUUCCAACCAAGAAAAGGGUCCAGUUUGCAUGGUAUCUCUUUUCUGGUUUCUUAUCAUGAGCUUCAAAUUAGUUAUUCCCAGUAUGGCCAUCCUGUUAUUGAUUGUUCAAAAAUUUAUUCGUGAAAGUGAGCCUGAUGAAACCUCAAAGAAUGCUUUAAAUGACCCGACUGCUUGUUUUAUGUUCCAUGCAGAUAGAAAACAGAGAUUUUAUAUAGUUUCUGCCUUGGCCGAGACAAAGGUAGACCUAAAA